AUUAAGUGAUUUUUGGAAUACAUUGGGUCGAUGGAUCAUGUGAUUUUGUUUACAUCAUCUUAACUUGACCGAUAAAAGUUUUACUAAGUGUCUUAUCCUAAACAAAAUAACUAUCAGAAAGUUUUCUUGUGGAAUUUGUUACCAAUAUUCAUUCCACAUUAAUGUACAACAAUCGAAAACAAAAUGAAUAGGUUAUUGUAUAUUGUACGUACAAUGAAUGUUACUUGUAAACGAUACAUGAGUUCAGUUAAAUUACCUCCUGAACUUGUUGUGCCACUAAAUAAAGAACUAAUCGUUUGUUGGCAUCCAGAGCAAGAAUUUCCAUAUGAAUAUUCAUUACCAUUGCCAGAAGAAAAGAAACUUUCAAAUUCUGUAUUACGCAUUGGUGAAAAAGAGAUAGCAGAUACCUUUUACCACAAACGAAGAGAAGUCAUCAUUGAAGAACUCUCUAAAAUGACAUAUACCACAAAACAUAGAUGGUAUCCCAGAAGUAGUAAAUACAGGAAAAGGAGAUUCACAGAACCCGAAAGACCGUAUUUAUAGAAGUAUCUAAAUAGCGUAUUAUGCUAAAAUACUUAUAAAAUUAUAGAAUCAUUAAAUAAAUAAUAUUUCCCAAAUGA